AUGGCUGAUGUAGAGAAUCCUGCUAUCGGCUUAGCAUUUGCUACAACUGCAGCUGCAAAGCUGGAACCGCAGACCCCAGUCACACCAGGAGAAGAGCUGACCCAUAUUCCAAACUUCUUCUGGGUUAAACUUUUGCCUAGGUCAAAGAAUCUUUCUCACCCUGUGAGGGAGUUCGUCCUCUUGGGCUUCCCUUGCCGCUGGGAAAUACAGAUCUUCCUCUUUUCCACCUUCCUCGUGACUUACAUGCUGACCCUCUUUGGCAACAUGGCCAUCGUGUGUGCAGUGCGCUGGGACCUCCGGCUCCACACCCCGAUGUACAUUCUGCUGGCCAACUUCUCCUUCCUGGAGAUCUGCUACGUCAACUCGGAUGUGCCCAACAUGCUGGCCAACUUCCUCUCCCAGGCCAAAACCAUCUCCUUCGCUGGGUGCCUGCUCCAGCUCUACUUCUUCUUCUCCCUGGGCACAACCGAAUGCUUAUUUCUCUCCAUCAUGGCCUACGACCGGUUCCUGGCCAUCUGCCGCCCCCUGCACUACCCCAGUGUCAUGACUGUUAAGUUCUGCGGCAGACUGGUCAUCUUCUGCUGGGUGUAUGGUUUCCUCUGGUUUCUGAUCCCGGUGAUAUUCAUCACCCAGCUACCAUUUUGUGGCCCGAAUGUGAUUGAUGACUUUCUGUGUGACCUGGGUCCUCUGCUGGCCCUGGCUUCAGCCUGUGUCCCAGUUCCAGGGACUGUCCUCAUGUGUGGCACCAUGAGCUCCCUCCUCAUCUUUGCCACCUUUUUCUAUAUUAUUGGCUCCUACACCCUGGUGCUGAGGGCCGUGAUGCAGGUGCCCUCUGUAGCUGGCCGGAAGAAGGCCUUCUCCACCUGCUCCUCACACCUGGCUGUUGUGUUUUUAUUCUAUGGUUCUGUCAUGAUGACAUAUGUAAGCCCGGGGGCAGGACAAGCAGAGAGCAUGCAGAAGUUCACCACUUUGUUCUACUCAGUUUUGACCCCUUUUUUCAACCCCAUGAUCUACAGCCUGAGGAAUAAAGAAAUGAAGGAUGCCUUGAAGAAAGUUCUAAGAGGUUCCUAA